GGUUCAUAUGUUGGGGUGAUAAUUGAUGAUAAAAUAAUCAAAAUAUAUAAAGGAACAUUCUGAUGGCCAUUUAAGUCAUAAUUAAUGUUUAAUUGUUAAGAGUUAAUCUGAAUUUUUCGAUUACUAAUCAAAAUGAAUUUCUCAUUUGUCUUAAUUGUCGUUUUCUGUGUUUCCACCAUUGGAGCUUCUCCAUUUGGACCUGAUGAAAUAAAAAAUUUCAUCAAAGGGCUCGUUUCAAUGGUUGAAACAGAGAUUCAAGGCUGGAAAGUUGAUAGUUCACUCGAAUACAAUGUAGUCCAACAAAUUGAGCAACGAUUCCACGAUGGUUAUACCCCUGACUGGAAUCCUGAGCUAAGUAAUCGGGAAAAUGUUGUUGAUUUAAUGAUCAGGUUGGGUAGAGAUGCCGACUUGCCAUAUCCAGGAAUAACUCAAAACUCAACUCUCUUCGAAGUUAUUGAAGAUAUACCCAAAUACUUUCCUAUUAUCGAGUUAACCGACGAUCAAGCAGCGGCAGUUGCUGAAGCAGCUAUCGAUGUAAUCAUUAAACUCAACAUUCGAGAUUUGGAUGUUUUUAAAUCUCUUCGAGUUAACGUUGAAACAGUCGUUGCUAAUUCUGUCGAUAAAGAAUCAGAGAAGACGAACAUGGGAAUUUCAGAAACUUCACCCGAAGAAGUGAUUGUCAAUACUGCUAAAAAUGCCCUUAAGUUGAUACAAUUCGAAGGUUAUUCAUCGGAAUUAACUCUACAUGAUGAUGUCAAUACUUUUCUUGAUAAUAUUUUCUAAACUGGAAUGAUUAUAAACAACGAAUAAAACUUUAAUUUAAUUUGCAUAAUCAAGUUGUCGUUUUUUCAAACUAUUUUAACUUUUGUGAAUGUGAAAUACUUGUGACAUUAACGGUGACU